CAAGCAGUGGACAGAUUUUGUGGGAGCAAGUUUUAGUUUGAACAGAAUUUGUUGUUGUGCGGCUUUAGCUUAGUACUUUUAACUCUCAAGACACCACUCGCUCUUUUCACAUAGCUCUUCGCCUGUGUCUCUUUCUCAAUUCUUUAUCUUCUUUGAUCACCAAAGUAUUCUCUGUAUGUAAUGGAGAAAUCACCUGGUCAUCUUCUAAUUCAAUUCAAUGUCUCAGACCUGGAGAAAGCAACAAAAGGUUUCAAACCCUCUUACAAGAUUUUGGUGCCUUCUACAAAGGCACCCUCAAACUAAGUGGGAAAAGAACACACGUCCUUAUCCAACAGAUUCAAGGACAUGUUCUUAAAGCCAAGAGUGAUCACUCUUGGGUGAAAGAAUUAAACACUAUUGCAGCAAUGAAGCACCAAAACCUUGUAAACUUGAUAGGAUAUUGCCUUUCAGAGGGUGUCAGAUUUGCGGUAGGAGAAUGCAAAUGCUAUAAAAGUCUAAGUCACUGUUUGUUAAAGGGGUCACUGUCAUGGGGAAAAAGACUCUUUGUUGUACAAGAUGCUGCCCGGGCUUUGGCGUACUUGCAUGAACAUCAGAUAGUACUGAGUUUGAGUUCUUCCUCCAUUGUUGUUGAUAAUGAUUUGAAAGGGAAGCUUUUUGACCUUCCUUCUUCGAGAUUGGAUUCUUCUCCAUUUGUGAAGACAGAGAAGCAAAACAGUCUAGGUGCUGGAAAAUUUGAUUGGAAUUUUAUGGAUUAUCAUACAACUCCAGAAUUUGACCCUCUUAAUAACCUCACAUCUGUGGACAACGUAUACAGUUUUGGAGUUAUUUUGCUAGAAAUAGUCACUAACAAGCCAGUGUUUGAUGCCAACCGACCCAAGAAUGAGAGAAAUCUAGUGGAGUGGGUCAAAACUGCUAUCUCUGGAGACCAAUCCAAGCUGGAACAGAUUAUAGACCCCAUGUCCACAUUGUGGGUUAAAGAAUCUGCUAUGGGAGUUUUGGCAUUGUCAAGCAAGUGCAUUGAGGAAGACCCAAAUCACCGUCCCAGCAUGAGCAAGAUUCUUAAGGAGCUUGCCCCAAUUGUGGAAGAACAUUCCAUUCGUGUUAAAGAAUUUCUUGAAAAAGAGAGACAAGAAGAGAUUCAAGUACAAAGGGAUGCUGCGAUAUGUGAAAUUUUAUUGAGGGUAAUUGGAGUGGUUUUUUUAUUGAUUGUACACUUAGUUGCAAAGUUAUUCAACAAGGUGUAACUGCUAUAUGAAGUAACUAUAUGUAUGUAAUUAGUUGUAACUCUUACUAAGAGUUAAUUUGUGUGAAUCUAUGCCUGAAAGGACGUAAUUAUAUAUGUGAAACACUAUAAAAUUAAGUAAAUGUU